GUCUCUCUCAUAUUAGUCAAGGGGAGCUGCAGCACGGAGAGGGUUGGCUGCCGUCCACGUUUUGGUUUAGUCGAAGCUGGUAGGCAGUCGUGUUAGGUCGGUUCAGAGUCGCACGGAGAGCUCCGGAGGAAUCGUCUGAACGGGAGAGACAUGGAGGAGACGGGCGGUCCAAGUGCGUACGGGGCUUCGCUCGCAGGAGGAGGCUUCGACUUCUACAAGUUUAUCCGACAACCGCAAACCAUCGUGCGCCUGCUGAGCUGGAUAUUCGCCAUGGUGGUGUUUGCCUGCAUCACAACAGAGGGAUACAUCAACCCUCCCCACACCUCUGAGGCAAAGUGCAUCUUCAACCAGAAUGACUCGGCAUGUCAUUAUGCUGUUGGCAUUGGAGUGAUUGCCUUCCUGGCAUGUGUGGCCUUUCUGAUCUUGGAUGUUUACAUGCCUUUUAUGAGCAACGCACAGGAAAGGAAGUAUGCUGUCAUGGCAGACCUGGGAUUCUCAGGGGUGUGGACCUUCCUGUGGUUUGUGUGUUUCUGUCUGUUGGCCAGUCAGUGGGGUCGCACUCAUGACAUCAGAGGUGUCCCGAUGGACGCUGCACGCGCCACUGUGUCCUUCUCAUUCUUCUCUAUCGCCACAUGGGGAAUCCUGACCUAUUUUGCCCUGGGUCGUUUCCGUCGUGGUGUUCAUGAAGUUACCAUCCCAACCUACACGGAGCCACCAGAUCACCACACCCCCUACCCUCCAACCUAUGCACCCAGCUCCUACAACCCCACCACCUACACCCCUACCACUUACACAACCUAUCCUAGCAGCGUUCCCGACAUGCAGCAGCAGCCAUUCACCUCAAACCCCCAGCCGCAAGGAGACACUGGCUACCAGCCGCCCAAAUACUGAGACAAAGGGAGAUCGCAGAUAACAGGAAGGAGGGUUGGGGGUGGGUGGGGAGUGUUCCAGGUCAUCUUUUGGUAAAGCCUUUCACUUAGCUGCACUGCACAGACUUAGAGCUAUAUCAUAUUGAUGUGGUUUUACAUUUGAUUUAACAUGCAAGUGUUGUCAGAUUUGAGAACCAUAGCAGUGCAACUGCAAAGUUAGUAAUGUGGGACAUUGCAGUUUACGUUGUGAGGUCUGCGGUCAGAUCCUAAGACAUCAGGCUGACUGUUGAGAUUAGUGCUGAUGAUUGGGUAAUCUGACCAUAGACCUUUGUGCAGAGAUGCAACUUUUACCUCCAAUGGGCUGAUCUUGAAGGGGAGAGGUAGUUGUAAAGUACCCAUGAGGUUAAAGGUCACAUAAUGUGAUACCUGUGACAGCUCCAGUCAGAGAGGAAGAAACACUGAAUGUGUUCCUCUUUACUCCCUGUUGGAACCUGACAAUGUGGAUUUGUACAUAGAUUUCACUGUGCAAAGCUGCCAUUUUAAUGGUUGUAUGUGCCUCAUUUUCUUUUCUUAUUUGGUUUAGUGGAUAUUUCCCCUUGGAUGCAUUUGUCUACAAAAAGGUGAGGUGCAUUAAAUAAACAACUGAUUUGUGAGCGUAAGGUGGGAAAAGACCACUAUAAAACCAAAUGUCUGUGAUUGUUUUUUGUAAAACAUGGGCUUUAUGCAGCUAAAUGUGUGAACCACAAAAUCACCCCUGACAGAAAGUAUUGCAAUCUUUGUGCUACAGUUUAAUGGCUACUGUGCCCCCCAUCUCCAUUACCUGUGUUUUUAUAUUAUGAUCUCUAAUCAUAAUGUGUUGUUGAUGGUGACAUCAGAAACCAGAAAAACACUCCAUUUCUUUAACUCUGACUAUGGCAAACUUAACAAAUGUGAAAAUUGGCUACAUGUGCUAAUUUGUAGAGGAGUGUUGCCCUUUCAACCUGAAGUUAACAGUCAAAUAGAAAAGAAGGAGGAGCAUGUAGAUAACUUUACUUAUUGAACAGGUUUAUCCACCAAGCAUGAAGUGUAACUUAUUAACCAGCAACAUUGGGGUUUCCUAUUCAGCCUGUUAACUGAGAGGCUUCACACUUCCUCCGAGGACUUGGUGACAUUUAGUUCUCUGAACACUGAUGUUUAUCUCCGGUUUACAGGUUCUUUAAUCUAAACUGAUGAAGGCAGGCAGCAGCAGAUAUGUGUUUACUGAUGACAGAUGAACUCCUCAGCCUGCUAAGCUGCCCUACAAAGACAAAAUGCAGUAACUAUAUGUGUAGUCAAAAAUGACAUCUGUUUUGCUACAUAAAACCACUAUUAAAAGUGUUUUUAAUUUGCAGUAAAACUACAAAAUGGAGUUAAAAUUAAGCAAAAUUGAAUUAUCUGGGCUUUUACUAUGUAGUUAAUGCAUUCCAGCUUAGUAUUUCUUCCUGGACUGCAGUUAUUGUGCACUCUUGUGCCCUUGAGAGACGGUUAACAAGACAACUGAAGUGUGUUUCAAGUGAAAGUCAGCUUGAUAGUUCCAUGUGAGAAAUUAAAACUUAGUUUGUUUUCUCAGAGAUGUCAUCUGUAAAACAUCCAUUUUGAUGAACCAGCAUUUUGGUUAUUCAGUUCUUAUUCAUCAUAAUUAAAUGAUGAUGAAUAAAUAAGGGAGCAGCUAACUCAGUUCAUGAUUGGGUAUGGAAAAAAGUAUGUUAAACUAACAUAGUUAGCUUAGCAUAUCUCAGUGGCUAUAACCUUUGGACUCUUUGAACCUUUAAAUUACAUUAUAUAUUGAAUUGUAAAUUUGGGUAUUAUAUUAAUUUCAAUAAAAAUAAUAAUAAUCUGACAUAAGCUAAAAACAGAAUUCCCAUUAGCCAAUAACUGUAAAUGGUGGUCAAUUUAAAAAAAAAAAAAAUCAAAUUAGUUAAAAUGGAUAAGAAGGCUGAGAGAAGACAUUUUUGUAUGUUUGUGUUAAAAGGCAUUACCACCUUUCUGUUUUGCAGUUUGCCAUUCAGCCUGAAAACUUCAAAGCGUUUCUUGUCAAUGCCACUGCUUCUGUAGUUACUGCACUCUGCCAUUGUAGGGCGUUAUGCUGAGAAUCAAACACCUGUCCUCUUUGUCUGGAUCCACUUCUGGCUCAUGUAGGUCAGCUAAAACGACAAUCGUAACUUGGCUAAAAGUGGCAUAUUAUAUAAACCAACAACUGAAUGCAAAUAUAUUUAACAUGAAACUAUUGUUGUACCACACUGAAGACAUUUGUAUUUAUGAAAGGACACUGUUGAUCAUUAGAAAACCCAUGCAUAAUUUACUGUUAGCCAUAUAUGUGAAAGGCAAAAAACAUAGCUGUUGAUUUGUCAUUUGUGCUUUAAGGAGAGAAAUUAAACUUUAAAGGGUUUUUGGGGCAAAAAAGUGACCUUCAUUACUUAAGUUACAUUCAGGUCAAACAGCUGUGUAUCACAGCUGCCCUUGCUGUGCCUGAGCAUUUUUUUUUCUUUGUAAAAACUGAUUUUCAUUCUCUGGAAGAUCUAUUUAAUCUGCUCUUCAGUCAGCAUUUAAAAUCAAUUACCUAUAUUGAAUGAUUACAUCUUUUUUUAAUGAUGCCUUAGAAUUUCUUUAUUCUGUCCUAGUAUUGUAAUUGUAUCACAAGCCUAAAUGUUGACAUGAAACAUUGAUUUAAUGUUUUUAGUAUCACACUUUGAAAUAUGUCAAAUUAUUUCAUUUGAUAAUUACUUUGCAUCAAGCUCCAUGUUUUAGGUUUGUGACUACAAAUGUUUUAUACAAGCUGGCACUAAAGACUGGUUUGAUUUGUUGUUGUCUGUUUUUCCCCUCUUUUCCAGAUGCUAUAGACCACCGAGUUAUGAAUUUUCCCUUUUGCUUUCACCUUUUGUUGUAAUUUCAUGGCGUGAUGUGAGAAGCACAACAGUGAUUUACUUGAGACUUUUUGUUUAUGGAAUAAAAUUAUUCUCAAGA